CUUUAUCACAUCAACUCGACAGAUUGGGAAUCGACGCUACGCUAGCUAGUCUAAGGAGCUCACAGUGCCAUCAGAUAUUGAACGAUGAGAAGCUUGCCGCUGGUGAUUGUGUUAAUUGCAUGUCUAUCGUUUAGUGAGCUGUCGCUUGGCUCCGACGAAAUAGACCUCUGCAGGAAAAACAUUACCGCCAUCAGUUCGACUACAGAUCUCAUAGCGCAAGCACCCUCGGAUACAGAAUACGUGAAGCUCUGUGAAAACAACAUAACUACGAUCGAACCCUCAGCAUUUGAAAAAUUUUCCGAUUUGGAAAAGUUGUUCUUGGACUCUAAUGAGUUGCUGAAGUUUCCUUCGGGUGGCGGUUCAUUUAUUCGUCAACAUUCUCUCACCGACCUAUCAUGCUUCCGAUGCGGUGUGGAUAAAAUAUACAACCGAUCACUUGUGGAAAUUCCGCGAUUGGAGAGAAUCAAUUUGACCGAAAAUAAGAUCGAACAAAUUGAGGAAGAAGCUUUCCAGAGCAACCGGAACCUUAAAGUUAUAGAUUUGCGAUCAAAUUUUCUGCGGAGUGUUCCACGAGGAUUGGUAGAAAAGCUUACUAGAAUGUACAAAAUGGACUUAAGUUUCAACGGAAAUUUGUCUGCUGAAGAUAACCAACCGUUCAUGAUUAGUAAUUCUCUUGUAGAGUUAUGGUGUGAUGAUUGUGGAUUUCAAACGGUGUAUGAGAAUACGUUCUCUAGAUUAUUCAAUCUAAAACUACUGCAUCUGCGAAACAACAAAAUAACGGUAGUGCAUGCUUGGGCGUUUUUCCAAGUAACCCGUUGGCAACCUGGUAAUACUCUUAUGGUAUCGCUUGAAAAUAACAAACUUCAAAACAUUGGUACUGAAAUAAAAGAUGGUCUGCAGCUGUGCUUAUACAACAACACUGAACAAUUAGAGUGUUUUCUCAGAAAUCUGCCCGAUAAGGAUAAUUUUGUAUGCUCCAAUUCAACUCAGCCGGAUAUUGAAUGUAUUCCAUCAACUACCACUACGACGACAACGACAACAACCACAACAACCACUGAGUCACCAGAAAUACCAGACACUACCCCUAUCAUAAACAGUAAAGCAGACACCAAUGAGCCGCGACAAGCUACAAGCAAUCCUACCGUCAGUCCUACACCACCGUCAGCGAAACCCGUGGACAAGCCCCCGGAAGAGGUCUACGGCAUUUCCGAUGCCUACAUCAGUGGAUACCUCACGUUGAUAUACGUAGCUCAAAUAGGUACCCUUGUACUGCUGAUCAUUGUUUGGCUUAAGCUGAAAAAGUCCGACCUGGAGAUCGAUCGAUACUCGGAGUGUAUUCUCAACCCAAGUCCCAACUAUAAGGCAAUUCAGUGACACAGUUAGUUUAAAGUUUAAAAUUAGUCAUCACCUUAGAGGCGCGUUCGAAAAUGCUAUCAGUAGCGUACAGGGAAGAAGACCGAAUAAGCCCUCGUAGGUACGUGGUUGCGAAUGAAUAAUCUGUUUUGUUAUCGUGGCUCACUAUUGAUAAGAUAUCAUCAAACAUAACAAAAUAAAUAAAACGAGUCGGUUGUGUGAA